AUAAGUUUAACCGGACGAUUUUAUUUUGAAAAUGUAAACAUUGUAAACUACAGAUGUAUGGAUAAUUCCUGUAGCUUCACCAAAAUCGCGUUUGUUAUUUAAAUCUAAUUGUGUUGUCAGCUAGCUGUGGCUGGAAGUGUUAGUGACAGUUAGCAUGUACAGGUUAGCAUGUGUGCACUAGUAGAACUGAACGGCGGAGCAGCUUCUUUGUUUGUAAUCAUUUAGAUAAACGAUAGUGAGGGGGGAUGAAGUGCUUCAGGUGUGCAGCUCGACAUGGUUAUGCGGUGGAAAUCUCUCCGUUCUACCCGAACAGACUGGCCUGUGCUACAGCUCAGUACUACGGAAUAGCAGGAAGUGGAACUCUGCUGGUGUUGGAGCAGAGGGAAACAGAUAUUUUGCUCGUAAGAAGCUUCGACUGGAAUGAUGGUAUCUUCGAUGUGACUUGGAGCGAGAACAACGAGCAUGUGCUUCUGACUGGAGCUGGCGAUGGGUCACUGCAGAUUUGGGACACAGCCAAUGCACAAGGUCCGAUUCAAGUGCUGAAAGAGCACACACAAGAGGUGUAUGCAGUGGAUUGGAGCCAGACACGGGGGGAGAACCUCGUGGUGUCUGGAUCUUGGGAUCACACAUCCAAAGUGUGGGAUCCAGAGCGCUGUCGGUCAGUGAGCACACUGCAGGGUCAUGAAGGAGUCGUGUACAGCACUAUCUGGUCUCCUCACAUCCCAUCCUGCUUCGCCUCAGCCUCAGGUGAUGGGACACUGCGUGUUUGGGAUGUGAAAGCAGGAUCAUGUCGAUUGGCUAUCCCAGCACACAAGGGUGAGAUCCUCAGCUGUGAUUGGUCCAAAUAUGACCAGAACGUGCUGGUGACUGGAGCUGUCGACUGCAGCUUGUGUGUGUGGGAUCUGCGGAGCGUCCGGCAGCCUGUGGCUCACAUGCUGGGCCACACCUACGCCGUCCGCCGGGUGAAGUUCUCCCCGUUUUACAAGACGCUGCUGGCUUCAUGCUCCUAUGAUUUUACAGUCAGGUUCUGGGAUUUCUCCAGGAGCCAGCCGCUGCUCGACACCAUGGAACACCACUCCGAGUUCGUGUGCGGCCUGGAUUUCAACCUGCACGUCCCCAACCAGGUAGUGGACUGUUCCUGGGAUGAGACAGUAAAAAUCUACACCCCUGCCUGUCUGGAUGCCGUGCAGCCCUGACCCUUAUAAGAGGAAUGAGGAGUAGUGGAGGUUUCAGCUUCCUUUGCAGCGGCUUUCCAAAAUAAAUGAACAUCAGAAACCGAACGUGUCCAGACUGAAUGGGCUGAACGUCUAGACUGACAGUUUAUGUUCAUGUUGGUGGAGAUACCAAGCGUUCUAUUCAACAGACCCAGAAACGAACAAGCCACAACCUACAUUAUAGAACUUGUUCUUGUUCGAACCCUGUUCUGUACCACGUACCCGUCAAACCACAAGUCCAGUUCGUCUUGAUCCACCAAUCAGAACUCGAGGAAGACAGGCAUCAUGGCUCUUCUCUGUACCAGCACCCAGGAGGUGGAACGGGCUUCCCAUCUGGAAUCUCUCGCUGUCAACAGACGAUUAAAGACCUUCGUCAUCUCUUUACUAAGCAUUUUAGUGGCUUAUCCCAGCUUUUCAAUGGACGCAAGGCACACAGUUACACCUGGUACGGGGCGCCAGUCCAUCGCAGGGCAGACACACAAACACACUCAUUCACCUAUAGGGCAAUUUAGUGUCUCCAGUUAACCUCACUGCAUGUUUUUUGGACUGUGGGAGGAAACCGGAGCAGAAGGGUGUGAGGCAGUGAGGCGACAGUGCUACCCACCAAACCCAGUGCUACCCACCAAACCACCGUGCUGCCCCUUUUGACCAUAUAAGAGUGCACCAGGUUGUUGGUGUUUGUUUUUGUUCCUGUUUGUAAAACGAAUCACCGAGUGCCUUUAUGCUAAUAAAAUUCAGUCCCAUUUUGAAAGUGCUGAUUGUGUGAAUAAAGAAAUAAACUCAUCUCUUUAA